GUGCUGGUGGGCAUGGGCAUCGCCGUGGCCGGCUACUGGCCGCACCGCACGGGGGCUCCGGGACCCCGCACCACCAAUGCCAGCGCGCCCCUGGUGAGCGAGCUGCGGCGAGAGGGCCGCGGUGCCCGCGCUCACGGCCCGCACGAGCGGCUGAGGCUCCUCGGGCCCGUGGUCAUGGGCGUCGGCCUGUUCGUGUUCAUCUGCGCCAACACGCUGCUCUAUGAGAACCGCGACCUAGAGACGCGACGGCUCCGUCAGGGGGUGCUGCGGGCCCAGGCGCUGCGGCCCCCCGACGGACCCGGCUGGGAUUGCGCGCUCUUGCCCAGCCCUGGCCCUAGGACUCCCCGAGCCAUAGGCUGUGCUGAACUGGAGAGUUGGGACCUGGCCCCUCAUCGGGGUACCUCACCUGUCCCAUCAGUAAGGAGUCUGCGUUCAGAGCCUGCUAAUCCUCGUCUGGGGUUACCAGCCCUGCUCAACAGCUACCCACUGAAGGGUCCGGGGCUGGCCCCACCCUGGGGUCCACAGACCCAGACUGGCCACGUGAUCAUCACCAUGCAGCCUGCUGGUACCUGCAUUGAACACUCCAAAUCUCUGGACCUGGGUCUGGGAGAGCUUCUGCUUGGGGCCCCGGCCCCUCGGGACUGUGCUCACCGCAGCUGGCCGCGGCUGGAUCGCCUUAGUCUAGGGGGUUAUGCCAAAUUGGGCGGAGGAGGUGACUCGGGGCCCCGAGUCUGAGGAGCCUACGGGGUUGGCAGCAGGUGCCAUGGUAACAGGGCCAGGGGUCCCAUGCGAUGGAUGCUCCCGCCCCACAGGGAAAUGCCAGCCAUACUAACGUUCAACUGAGCUGGAGAAAGCACGAAUGUGGACUCUGGAAACCAGCGAGACUCGGCCUCAGGGAUUCCGUCAGCCUCUAAUCGUGGCCUUAGCCCUGGACAGGUACCUGAUGGGGCUGGAGGUCCGGGCCAGGAUGACUAGGCGAUGGGCUUCCUGUCUCGCUAAACUCAAAGAGUGGGCAAGAACUCUUGAGACUUCGGAGUGUCGACUGGGUUGUUAAGUCAGGGUGGGGCAUGGGGUUCGGGCCUCUCUGGGAAAGUGGGUAAUGGGGUGGUACUGCGACAGAGCCUCCACUGCCAUCUGGAACCGGGACUAGCCUUUAACUCCCAUGCAGGGCUCCACUACUGCCGAUGCCUUCCUUCACACUGAGGGGUGCCCCCCCAACAGGUCUGAGAAGCCGCCUGCUCCCCUUAAUCACGGUCUGUGCUGCAAAAUCUGCCAGUUGGCAGAACACAUCUGUCAGUUCUCAGAAAUCCUUUCACACAACACAAGCUGCAUUUUGGCAAGUGUGGGUACCUUAGUGGAGAAGACUUGAGUUUGCAGUGCCUAGCCCCAUCUCCCUCCCCUUCCCCCCAACUGCUGGGAGCAAUGGAGAACCUCAAAGUAGAUCAAGCCUCAGUCAUUUUUUUGGAAAGUUUAUUGGAAAAUGCAAUACAAGAAGCAAGACCAAACACAUACCUACACACUACAGCCACUUCUCUUACUAUGAAAGGCCCGAAUCACAGACCUAAUUAUUGCCUAGUUUAGCUAAAGAUUUUUGCCAAUUGAAUUCUGCUGCCAUAGUUCCUAUUUUGUCAGGAAAUGUAAACAACUACUUGAUAUGAUUCAUAAUUUUUUAAAAAAUGUACAAAGCUCCUUCAUUUUUUGUCACCAAAAUAAUACAUUUGAGAGAGAUUUGUAAAAAACAAAACCAGCCUGGGGCUGAGGUUCUGGGUGGAGAUUUCCCAUAAGCAUCCCUUGGGGGUGGUCAGGCCAUAGCUGUCUCCAUCACCCAGGGUGGGCUGUGGUCUCUUCACCCUAGCUGCCCUGUGGGACACGUGGUGGGCCUGGGACGGGCAAAGCUGCCCUGACAGCAUACUGCAGCCGGGUGUCCUGGGAGCUCUGGGCAGUGAAUUCUGUGGGUCCUACUGUGCUGGUGGGGUGGGGAUGGCAGAGAGCUCGUGUGUCCUGGAGAAGAUCCCUAGUUCUCACGGGAAAAUAAAACUGCAGCAAGA